GUCCCCUCGCGAUCUGAUAAUUUAGACUCGAUCGAUGUAUAUAAAACAUUCGUCUUCCGCCGUUUUCUAUUCCAACUUUCUUUUUUCAUUACCAUUUACCUUGACUGUCCCGUAUAUAUUUAUUCUGGAUCUACUGUACCUACCAUCUAUCCUAGGUUCCUAAGAUGAAAGCCUACUGGUACGAUAACCUACCUGGCGACCAACGCCUUCCCCAUGACUCCGGCCGCCCUGUUGAUGCGUCCUACCUCGCCAGUAUCGGCGUCCUUUACCGCCAUUGUCCAACCAUAUCUGCUGUAGACGCCCUAGCUGAGGAACGUGGUUACAAGAACCGUGAUGAGAUCACUGUGUCGCCCGAGAAAAUGGGCGACCUAUACGAGGAUAAAGUGAAGAUGUUCUUCCACGAGCAUUUGCACGAGGACGAGGAGAUUCGGUACAUACUUGACGGCGAGGGGUUUUUCGAUGUCCGCAGUCAGGAUGAUGAGUGGGUGCGCAUUCGGCUAGGGAAGGAGGAUUUGAUUGUGUUGCCGGCGGGCAUCUAUCAUCGGUUUACGACGGAUGAGAAUAAUUACGUGAAGGCCAUGCGUCUCUUCCAAGACGAACCGAAAUGGACUCCCCUGAAUCGCGCGCCGGAACUGGAUGCAAACCGGCAUCGAAAAGCAUACAUGGAAACUCUUGCUUCCGCGUUCUCUUAAUCCUUCGUUGAAAAUGCGACGCCGCCGCUCCCUCAUACGCUUGAUUCCAUUUCUUGUUUAGAAGAAGGGAGAAGAUAAAUGGUUUUCCUUUCACUGAACCUAUGGCCGUGGCUAUGACGCUAAUGGGACAUAUUUAACUGAUACUGAUCUGUACUACGCCGUUCCGGGUACGUUUUCUGCCCACAUAUGCAGGUAUCUUUGCUUGCUUGCGAUUGGGGUUCAUCCAUCUGCAUGGCCGGUAGGAUGAAUGGAUGAUGUGUAUGCUGUCAUGAUUUAUUCUAUUUUAUUUUAAUUUUAAUUUUUAUAUUUUAAGGGUGCAUUUGCAAUACUGUAAUGACGACGUUUUAGUAUUGUGAUGUUUGAUGGAAAAUGUGGGUUUUUUGCGCUGAGGAACUCCCUAGCGGACGGCAUAUAUCCCCUUUGGUAAUGAUUGUAUUUUUUCCCCUUGGUUGACCCUGGUUGCUUCCGGGGUAAAAAAAAGGUGACAAUGGACCCAAGCGGGUGUUAAUUCAGUUAUUUAGUUCAGGUAUAAUUUAUUCGGGAUAAUGAAGGAUCGUCCUGAUUUGUUUACUGCCGUUCGCAUGAAUCGCUCUAUUUGGAAUGACAGAAACAUCGCAACAGAAAGACCAAUGAUUAGAUAGCUAUACAAGCAAGAAGAAGACACGGAAUACACAUAGGAAAAGCUGCCAGAUACCUGCCUCCAUCUUGGAUAUUAUAAAAGGAAAAUCGUAUGCAAUAUCCCAACACGUAUGCAAAUUUAAGUAACCCCCGUUUCCCUUGUGUCUUUCCAAAAACCUUAAAACACCUAUGUCACAACUACCGGGUCUGGCAUCGAACCUGGUAUCGCAAACUGUUCCUCGCCGCCCCUCCCACCGCCUCCUCCACCACCCUGAGCACCACCAUACAACGCUGCACCCGCACUCUGUCCCGGCCCAGCGCCAACCCCACCAUCCCCAUGUGCAUUAUGCCGAUACCGCAGCCCAUCAUAUCCCAUCCCCCACCCCGACGUCCCUCUCAUGCUUCCACCACCACUUCCACCAACUCCCCCUCCCCCUCCC